CUGUGCAGUCAGUAGAGUUGGAGGGCAGAGCGCACUCGUCCAGUGAUUUGGUGCCAGUGCAGUUUUCACGCGCUCACAGAGUUACACAGAGACGCAGGACCACACGAACAACAGACGAGUUUAUUUCCGAAGAUAACCGAACCGUUCUUUAAUGAAUGGAUUGACUGUUUGUUAGGUUUAUAACGCGAGCGGUGAGUAAAAUCUUGGCGUUUCGUGGCACUGAUUUUGCGCAACUGCUUCCCUCAUCUUGCGCCAGAUUUGUCGGGGAACAGAAGAUGCUCGACGUGCUCUGCUUCCGUGACAUGAUUUGGAUUGCACCUUGCUUUUUUGGGGAGAAACAGCACUGAACGCAGUACGACGUUUCUGGACAACUUUGGUGCCAGUGGACACGGGCAGUCGCUGAAGUCUUGUUUUGCUGUCGGACUGAUGGCUCUGAGCAGGAUGGACAUCAUCGGGCUCUACUUGCUCCAGCUGGCAGUUUUUGGUGUCCCGCGUUUGGUGUUGGGGAGCAGGUGGGACUGUCUGACUGCGGGGGAUUCAUGCUCCAGUGACGAGGCGUGCAGCGCGCGCUUGAGAACGCUGCGUCAGUGCGUCGCCGGUGGGGGAAGCGUGAAGCUGGGUCCAGGAGCCCGUAACCACUGCGAGAACGCAGUGACCGCCCUACUGUCCAGCCCCUUGCAUCGAUGCCAAUGCAAACGGGGUAUGAAGAGAGAAAAGAACUGUCUAAGCAUCUACUGGAGCCUCAAGCAGUCCAUACUGCACGGGCUGAGCCUGGUGGAGAAUUACCCCUAUGAACCUGUUGAGAGAGACUUCAAUUACGUUCGUCUGGCCUCCAUUGCUGCAGAGUCUGAGGUGGGCAUGACAACUGUGAACCGUUGUUUGGAUGCUGCCAAAGCCUGUAACGUUGACGAGACGUGUCAGAAGCUACGUACGGAGUACGUGUCGGCGUGCAUCGCCCCGUCAGCGCGUGCCGCGCCCUGCAACCGCGCACGCUGCAGCAAAGCACUGAGAAAAUUCUUCGACCGCGUGCCGCCGGAUUAUACACACGAGCUGCUCUUCUGUCCGUGUUCAGACACCGCAUGCGCAGAGCGACGGCGCCAGACCAUUGUACCCGUGUGCUCAUACGAGGAACGGGAAAAACCCAAUUGCCUGGCCCAGCUGCGAGUCUGUGAAGCCGACUAUGUGUGCAAGUCUCGGUGGGCUCAGUUCCAGCAUGACUGCCAACCCUCCAAGCUUACCGCCAGUGGCUGCCAGCAAGACAAUUAUGGAGCCUGCCUUGUUGCGUACACCGGCCUGAUAGGCAGCAUUAUUACUCCAAACUACCUAGACAACUCUACAUCCAAUGUGGGGCCGUGGUGCUCUUGUGCGGCUAGUGGGAAUUUUAGAGAUCAGUGCAACCACAUCCUCAGCCAUUUCCAUGACAACAAUUGCUUGAAGAACGCCAUCCUGGCCUUCGGGAAUGACACGGACAUGAAAUCUGCUACCAAUCAGGCUCCAGGUUCUAACACCAACACCUACAACCAGAUUUUAGUUAGCAGCACUGAGGUUACCACCACCACCAUCGGUGCUGCUAUGGAGACCGAACAGAGCAUCCUCCGUCCACAGAUGCCCACACAGAUGAACGAGAGAGACAGACUGUGGGGCGACUCGACACUCCCCUCCCCUGAUCUCUAUGACGACAGUCCUGCAGAAGCCCACCUGGCCAUGUCAGUGUGGCUCCUCCCCUUCCUGUUGCUGGCCCUCCAACUUUAAAAAGAAACGACCAAUCAAAGCACCAUGAACUGGGACGGUGUGUGUGUGUGUGUGUGUGUUCAUAAGUUUUAACCUCUGCCAACUGCAUCACAGAAACUUUGGAGAGAAUGACGCAGGAACUUCACUAAAGAUAUGAAACCCUACCCCAUUUCUCAAUGCAAUUUAGUGAUUCAUUGUCUGGGUUUACACAAUGACUGAUUUCAAAGGGUUUAAAUAAUUGUGCUUGUGCGUGUAUCUCAAACUAUUUUGGACUGAAAAUGGUCCCCGUGUAAGAUAAAAUUCCCUCGCUAUUCAAAGAAAGAGACUGAAAUGCAGUCGCCUGGCGGCUGAGUCAUACCUACGCUCAAAAAAAACUCCACCUGUUCAUCAUCCAUAUUUUACGAGAUCUUUUCUGCAGCUCUUUUGAGCAGAUGACAUUGGCAUGUGUGCACACAGAAGAUAGGGAGAGUGGUAAAGAAAGUAUAUCACAUACACUGGAUGUGUCUAUGGUAAGAGCUCAUUCUCAUGAGACUGGCUCUCAGUGGUUACAGAGAUGGUCUUUAUUUUUGUAAAUGUUGUUCUGAUGCACAUACUACACAGACUGAUUCUCCCUUCCCAAGCGGUCCUGGAGUGGGGUGUACUUUCCUGAAGUAAAAUGUUAUGUAACAGUGUGUAACAGUGAAAUGUUCCCUUCGUAGGGUAUCUGAGAGAAGGCACAAUGGUCCUUGAACAGUUCUUGUGUAUUUCGCCUGUGGAUACGGGUGUGUAAAAUUCUGUAUGAAACUGCUCAUUACACACUGGUAAACAAAGCACUUCCUGUUCACGUAAAUCCGAGCAGCUUUACCCCAUUUCUCGAUUCAAUGUUUUUCUCAUCCAAUCUGAAUGAGCACACUGAGAGUUCAUCGAAUCUCUCCAACGUAUAACAGCACAGUAUUUCACCUCGCCUCUUAUGAGCACUUGGCAUCUUCACUGUUUUGUUGCUUUUUUGUCUUGUGAUGACAACAACGUGAAUGAGAAGUAAACGCUUUGACCCCCAUCCUCCAGGGACUACUGACCAAACGGCUUCUGACGUCGCAAAAAGGACGUGACGUUUCUGUCAAACGGGUCGAAUUUGUGGAUUUUACUUGUUAUUUCCUGAAAAAUAAAGCUGCCAGAUAUGGAUGUACAGAA